CGCAUCAGUCUGUUCAUCUCCUGCAAACACUGUCGAGGAUCUUAGGUCAGCAACCACAAAGAGACAAAAGAAUGAAUCAAUGCCAAGAACCGGGUCCUGCUGAAGAGCUGGAGGAGGUGACCGAGCUGGUUUGUCAGGAGACUGACUUGAAAGACCAAGAGAUGAAAGAAGUAUCUGUGGGGGAUCAGAAUGUAUUACUUGUCCGUAUCCAGGGUCAGUACAGCGCAGUUGGAAGCAGGUGCUCUCAUUACAGUGCUCCUCUGAUUAAAGGAAAACUGGUUGGUGACAAAGUAAGAUGUCCCUUUCACGGCGCUUGCUUCAAUGUCAGAACUGGAGAUAUUGAGGAGUAUCCAGGACUGGACUCUCUGCCGAGCUAUAAGGUCAAAGUUCAGGAUGGCAAAGUGUAUGUUUCCAUCAACAAAAAGACUCUGAAGCUGACCAGACGGGUGAAGGAGAUGUGCAGCUUGGUACCAGACAUCAAACAUACAGUGUUGCUCAUAGGAGGAGGCCCUGCCUCUCUGGUUUGUGCUGAAACGCUGAGGCAGAACUGCUACCAGGGUCGAAUCAUCAUAGUAACAAAAGACGCCCUGCUUCCAUUUGACAAGCCCAAACUGAGUAAGGCUAUGAAUGUGGACAGCAGCAGCAUCCUCCUCCGGUCAAGUGACUUUUUGCAACAACAUGGGAUAGAAGUGUGGACGCAGAAAGAGGUGGUGUCGGUAAACAUACCUGAGAAGACAGUGAAGUUGAGUGAUGGCAGCCUGCAGCAUUAUGACAAGCUCCUCAUCUCAACGGGAUGUAGAGCAAGGCCGCUCGACUGUCCUGGUAAUGACCUGAUGGGAGUGAAGUUACUGGAGAGUUAUGCUGAUUCCAAAGAGAUUCAUAGCUCCUGCCUUGGCCGUAAGGCUGUCGUCAUUGGAGCCUCCUUCAUAGGUAUGGAAGUGGCAUCCUACUUAUCAGACAAAGCUUCCAGUGUGGCUGUUGUUGGCACUGGCACAUACCCGUUUGAGCGGUCUCUGGGCCCCCAGAUCGGCAAGAUGACUAUGCAAAUGUUAGAGGAACAUAAUGUAAAGUUCUACAUGAACGACAGAAUCACAGAGAUCCGAGGGGAGAAUGGCAAGGUAAAGGAAGUGGUGCUGAAGAGUGGCAUAGCCCUGGAAGCUGAUGUGGUGAUAGCAGGAAUUGGUGUGAUCCCUAAUUCAGACUUCUUGGCAGGCAGCGAAGUGGAAGUGGACUCUAGGAAAGCUGUAGUUGUAGACAAGUUCAUGAGGACCAAUAUACCAGAUGUCUUUAGUGCUGGAGACAUUACCUCCUUCCCUCUGACCAUUCGUGGAGACCAAAGGGUCAACAUUGGUCACUGGCAAAUGUCACAUGCUCAUGGAAAAGUAGCUGCCCUAAAUAUGCUGAAGAAACCAACCAAGAUUGACUCGGUUCCUUUCUUCUGGACUGUGCUGCUUGGGAAGAGUAUCAGAUACACAGGCUAUGGGGAAGGCUACACAGAAAUCAUAUUCAAAGGCCAAGUGGAAGAGGGGAAGUUCCUGGCUUUUUAUAUUAAAGAUGAGGAGGUGGUAGCUGCCGCCAGCUUGAUGUUUGACCCUGCUGUGGCUCACCUGGCAGAACUGAUGGCUACAGGACAGCGCAUAACAAAAGCGCAGGCUCAAGCUGAUGACCUGAGCUGGCUGCAGGUGUAACCAGAUGUCUGCUGUAUCCAGGAGUAACACCUCUUUUUCUGGCUCCUCUCACCCUCAUCCAGUGCCAAAUGGGAUCGCUCGAUUAACUUCAUCGUGCCUUCUAAAAGCCCAUAAAACCCCAGCUUUGCUCUCACCCACAGUGCUGUUCCCAUAGCAGCAAACAAGGCUUUAUUGAAUUUGCACUUUGUGCACCCAUUGAAUAAUCUAAUCUCAAUCAUGAGGGCACCGGCUGGGUAAGUCUAAGUGGACUUCAUAUUCAAAGACAUACAGACUGUGUUUUAUCUACUCAAAACACUGAAAACGCACAGCCCUGAAGCAGUUGCAGUAUAUUUGAGUAACUUAUUUAAAAUAAAGAAUAUUUUAUGGGUUUUUAAGACAUCUGUUUCAUUCCUCCUGUUUAGUGACUCGUGAGUUAGCUGAUCGACAACAUUGAUAUCAUGAUGCAUGAGCUAACCAUCUUUCAUUUACUUAAAAAUAAAAACUGGAUGCUUUAUGGUACGUAACUAAUACUCCGGUAUUAAAUGUUAAGGGAUUUAUUCAGAACUGACAUUACAUAUCAUACACUUUACUGUUGUCAGCUUACAUGAGCAGUAUGGAAGAUGUUUUUUCUCCUUUUGUUUGUUAUACUGACUAAAUCAUUGCUCAUCUCAUAAUCAGGUUGGAUAUUUAAUUUGUUUCAGUCUUAAUUGUCUGACAGAUGCUAAUAAACACAAUGUCAUGUUCGUGUACUUAAA